AAAUGUUUAGAGAGAAAAGAAAGGAAAGAUAAAAGGAGGAAGAGAGAAAAAGAAAAGAAAAGAAAAGAAAAGCAUACUGAGAAGUAGUGUCAGAGGAUGAGAGCGGGUUUUUAUUUUUUAUUUUUUUUAAAGUCCUGCUCUACCUUUUUCUCGCACGCCCAUGACGGUAGAUAUAUAUAGUACCUGUUUUCUCAAACUUUAAAAUGGAACAGUGAAUCUUCGCCUCAGUGGGGAGGGUAGUGUUUCCAGGUCUAGUCAUCUACCAUUGGAAAGCUGCAAUUUUCUCGGAAAAUCGUAGUGGGAUUUCUUGGUUCCUGAUAAAAUCUUCUGUCGGAGAGUAUUCCAAGAGGUGCUCCAGAACCUCUCGGCGCAGUUCAACUUCUCCACAACUUGUCUGUUCUGGGUAUUUUUGCUAUAAAAAAAAAAAUGCCAAUGUAUGAAGAUUUGGGAUUAAAGCUUUUUUCUUUGUUUUUCUCUAUCAUUUUGUGAAUUUUCUCUGAACCACGUGAGAAAGCUUUAAAAAUAUUAUGGUGGCAAUAGGCUUUCUGUCAGCAUGUCGGGGAUUCCCGCGAUUUUCUUUAUUUUUGGCUACCAUUGAAAAUACUUGAAGGUAUGGAGAUCUUUUCGCGCGAUUUUCUUUUGGCAACCAUUGAAAAUACUUGAAGGUAUGGAGAUCUUUACGGGGUAGAUCAAAAUUCACAAUUAGACCCGUGAAAAUUCCAUGCACAAGGGCUCUUGAAGCCAUAUGAGAGAUUGGCCAUUCCUUUCCGAGUCCUUCCAAAAGUCCCAAAACAGUCUGUCUUCUAGUUCUUCCAAAAAGUCUUUGUUUCACAGUUUUCUAAAUAUUGCUUCUAAUUUCAGUUUCUUGAACUUACUUGGGUCAGACUCAGAGAAUCUGUAACGCUCACCACCAACCUUUUCUGCAUGCAUUAACUCCUCCACCAUCCAUUUGUCACUCCUAUUUUUGUCCUUCAGCCUUGCAUUUAUUCAGAACAAGCUCUCGUAGCGGUGGAUGCCCAGUACUCUGUUUUCCUAGACGGAUUUUCUUUCAAUACCCUGUUUCUUCUAAUUCCAUGGCUAUAAAAAUCACUAGUGUUUUCUCAAUGAGGCACUUGUUCCUGCUUUCUCUGGCUAUGAAUGUCAGCUUGAUCUUGAGGACCAUGUACGAGAGGGAACAUGGCCUUAACUGGCUCUGUUUCGAAGCUCCGAAUGGCCAUCUUUCCCAGAGGACGCGUCUAUCAUUGUCAUCUUCCUCGACCUCGGCAACCACUACUCCAAUUGACGCUCAACCUGGUGGGGACUCGAUUAUCAAUCUCGCUCGGGGUGACCCGAUCAUGUUCGAAAGAUACUGGCGACAAAUGGGAGACAGAGCCACAGUUGUGAUCCCAGGGUGGCAAUAUAUAAGCUACUUCUCUGAUGUGACCAACAUUUGCUGGUUUUUGGAGCCUGAGUUUGCCAAAGAGGUGGUCCGGGUGCACAGAGUGGUGGGAAAUGCUGUGACUGAAGGUCGUCACAUUGUCGUUGGUACAGGUUCAUCUCAGCUAUAUUUGGCUGCUCUGUUUGCUCUCUCUCCCCACAAUGCAUCUGAACCAAUUAGCGUGGUGUCUCAAGCUCCAUACUACUCGUCCUACCCAUCUAUGACGGAUUGCCUCAAGUCAGGCCUAUACAAAUGGGUGGGAGAUGCACAGAGCUUCAAUAAGGAGGGGCCUUAUAUCGAACUUGUCACUUCCCCCAACAACCCCGAUGGCAAUGUGAGGAGAUCCGUGGUCAACAAAAGUGACGGGAUAUUGGUUCAUGACCUUGCCUACUACUGGCCACAAUAUACUCCAAUAUCUUCCCCCGUGGACCAUGAGAUAAUGCUAUUCACUGUCUCAAAGAGCACCGGCCAUGCAGGGAUGCGAAUUGGUUGGGCUCUUGUUAAGGACCAAGAGGUUGCGAGAAGAAUGACCACAUUCAUUGAGCUCAACACAAUAGGCGUAUCAAAGGAUUCACAGCUCCGGGCAGCCAAGGUUCUCAAAGCUGUUUCUGAUAGUUCUGAGCAUGCUGCUGGCAACUUGGAAGAAGAGGAAUCAUUCUUCGAGUUCAGCUAUCUGCUUUUGGCAGAGAGGUGGAAGCUGUUGAGAAAGGCGGUUGAGCACAGCGGAAGUUUUAGUCUACCUGAAUUUCCUCCUGCUUUCUGCACUUUUUUGAAUCGGGUGUCAGAGCCUCAACCUGCUUUUGCUUGGAUGAAAUGUGAGGUUGAUAUAGAGGACUGCGAAAGCUUCUUACAAGGCCACAAGAUAUUAACUCGAGGGGGGAAGGAAUUUGGGGUUAGUCCCAAGUAUGUGAGGAUCAGCAUGCUUGAUCGUGACGACAAUUUCAAUCUAUUUGUGAAAAGGCUAUCCACGAUCCACUUAUGAUUUCCGUGGAUCCCCUUGUGAGCAAUUCAUAAGGCAAAAGCCCCCUGGCUUGCUGAUCGAGGAAAAGACGACGUUCAUCUCAUAAUCUCCUUAUGAUCGAUCUAACAUUCUUGCCAAUGCAUUAUCUUUGUUUUGUUUUGGAUUGUAAUUUUAUAAUAAAAUAUAUUUUACUUUUUCAAACUCUUAUCUGUCACACAUUGUAAGUUCGAAAAAUUAACAAAGAGAAUAUCAAAUGUCUCUA